AGGGGCCGGAGAAGGCGCGGCGCCGGCCCUCAGGAACACACGGAGAUGGCGGAGGCGGUGGCGGCGGCGGCGACGGCCUCACGGCGCGCGCUGCACUUCGUGUUCAAAGUGGGCAACCGCUUCCAGACGGCGCGCUUCUACCGGGACCUGCUGGGGAUGAAGAUCCUGCGGCAUGAGGAAUUUGAGGAAGGCUGCAAGGCUUCCUGUAAUGGGCCUUAUGAUGGGAAGUGGAGUAAAACCAUGGUGGGCUACGGGCCCGAGGACAAUCACUUCGUGGCAGAGCUGACCUACAACUAUGGCAUUGGUGACUAUCACCUCGGCAACGACUUCCUAGGCCUCACACUGGUCUCCAGCCAGGCCGUCACAAACGCCAAGAAGUCUGAGUGGCCGCUCCGUGAGGUUGCUGAGGGAGUGUUUGAAACUGAAGCCCCAGGAGGCUACAAGUUCUUUUUAAAGAACCACAGUCAGCCCUCCUCAGACCCAGUGCUGAAAGUGACCUUGGCCGUCUCUGACCUGAGCACUUCCCUCCACUACUGGUCGGACCUGCUGGGGAUGAGGGUUUAUGAAAAGGAUGAGGAGCAGCAAAGGGCCCUGCUGGGUUAUGCAGACAACCAGUGCAAGCUGGAGUUGCAGGGCAUCAAGGGAGCAGUGGAUCAUGGGUCAGCCUUUGGGAGGAUUGCUUUCUCCUGUCCAAAGAAAGAGUUACCAGACAUAGAAGCAUUGAUGAAAAAGGAGAACCAGAAGAUUCUGACCCCCCUGGUCAGUCUGGACACACCUGGGAAAGCCACGGUCCAAGUGGUUAUUCUGGCGGACCCUGAUGGACACGAAAUUUGUUUUGUGGGCGAUGAAGCAUUUCGAGAACUUUCUAAGAUGGAUUCAAAUGGGGACAAAUUGUUGGAUGCCGCGAUGGCAGCAGACAGAAGUGAUGAGUGGUUUGCUAAACACAAAAUACAGAAGCCUUCUGGAUAAUGGAAGACAUCAUUGAACAGACUUGUGCUGUUCAUCCCGAUUCCCAUCCUGCACUAGAGCUGUGGUGAUUUCAAGGGCUCCUCUUCUUUGGGGAGCCCAGGAGCAUAGCCUAGGAUUGCCUUUUGGGGGAGGGGAAACAGCCUUAAUACAGUUUAAAUUCCAGAUCUUUAAAGUCAUCUCCUCCUUUCCUAUGCUGACCAUCUCAAUCACAGAUUCAAGCAGCCCUCCUUGUUGGUCUGAAUGUGUUACUGGUGGCACGGGCUCUGCUCACGAUUUGCCGGUACUUUAGAAAUAGUGGAUUUCCCCAAGAACUGGAACAGACACCUACCCACCUGGGCAGAAGGCAGAUGCCAGGGCCUGCUGGUAGAGCUCUACAUCGUGACUGAUAUAAUGGUCAAAUCAGAUCCAUAAGCAAGGAAGAACAUAGGUUAACCACCCCCCAAAAGAACACCAAAGUCAUAAGCUGCUGUUGAGUAGAUAGUUCAUGAAUGGGAGGUGGAGAAGGGAUGGAGAAUUUGGGGCCUUGAACCCAAGGGUCAGGUUAUUUAGUCUGUCUACCUCUUUACUUUUCAAACUUGUGGGGGCCAGGGAGGAAAAUGCAGUGCUGUUCUUACUAGAUUGCUUGAAAUAAUUUAAAUGGUCCCGACUUUAAAUUAUUUUCCCCUAUGAUUUCUAUUCUGUUUAUUGAGUUUGGAGAUUUUAUUUAACUAAUUGAUCGGUUGACUGGGAUUGGCUUUGUCCAUUUCAAAAAGAAGAAAAUUCCUUCAAAUAUAUAUUAUAGUGUGCUUAUAAUAAUAAAUAGAUCUGACUCUUAGGCUCCAGAAUUAAAGCAGUGAUGGGUUGAUUACUUUAGUGAAGCUCUGGAAUGGGGUUGGGGAGGGCUGACUCCAAAGAGACCAAUCCUAGAAACACACGUUGAUAUUUAUAUUGUGAGCCCUUACUCCCCAUCCAGAGCUGGGCUUUGUUUUGUUUUGCUAGGCAAUGAGAGCUAAGUAACUUGCCCAGGGUCACACAGCUAGUAUCAGGUAUUUGAGGUCAGAUUUGAACUCGGGUUCUCCUGAAUCCAGGGCCUGUGUUUUAUCCACUGCGCCAAUUAGCUGUCCCUCCAGAGCUGGGAUUUUAAGAGAAAACCCUGGCCAGAUAGCACCUUAACUCUGUUUUUGAAUGUCAUUAGCCCUGGGAAGAUUUUUCACUGCAAGUCCUAAUGUGUAUACAUUUCAACUGAAUUACAGAAUUGUGAUCUUGAAGUUCUCCAAGCAUUCAGAAAACAGUUGAGAAAUCAGACUUUUUUCCAAAAGAGAUUGUACAUUUUCUUCCUUUCCCAGUGUAUAAUGCUGAAUCUAAGGUGAUUUGAUACUUCUUCUGCUUAAUGAUUAGAUUGUUUUCUGUGGGAAAAAAAUUGUUUACAUAGACCUUGAAUGAUCAAAUAAACUUCUUUCUCAGUG